CCCUCGUGACCAGUUUUGUUUGUCGCUCGACCUACUCGGUGUGCCUUGGUCAUCGCGCAUCGCUGUCGAAUCGACUCUUCGUCGCUCCUUCCCAUUUAUUGUUUGUUUUGUUUGCCUUUUUCUGCGUUGCUGACAUAUAUCGCCGCUCCUGCCUCUCUAGGCUGACAACAUGCCGCCUUCCACGAAUCGUCGAACGCGCGCGCGGCGCGAAACAGAAUUGCAAGAUGUUUCCGACCCAGAACUCCCCGACUCCUCCCCGUCUCGACCGGCUCGCAAGAAGAGAAGGACGCAAACUACCGAGAGACCCCAGAUGGCUCCUUCCAAUGGAGGGGUUGUACCGGCUUAUGAAGAUCAACUGCCGGUUGCUGAAGAAGAAGUCGAGACCAGCCAAGACCCGGUCGAUACCAUCAUCCCAUAUCUUAGCGUCUGCAAGGACCGAGUGCAGGUCUCCAUCGACCACGCCAACAGCAUACUCGAGCGCGAUUACAAGAACGGAGUGCAGGCGUAUGCCAAGGUGGCAGGACGGGACUGGACUUACUACGUCAAAACGUUACGAGUAAACAUUGGACGGCCACCCGACGGAGCAGCGCGCCUGGGAUCGGAACAACCAUCGCAACCCAGCCCCGGCUUGGGUCAGCAGGACGAGAAUCUGAUUCAAAUCGAUCUUGGGCCAAGCAAAUUGGUCUCGAGAUUGCAUGCAGAGAUCUUUUUCGACGCGACCGGAGCUGCAUGUUGGCACAUUAUCGUCAAUGGCCGGAACGGUGUCAAGGUGAAUGAGACGGUAUUAAAGAGAGGCCAGCAAAUGAAGUUGAGCUGCGGUGAUAUUCUAGAAAUCGCCGGAACUCAGAUGAUUUUCAUCACGCCCGAUGAGCAGCCACAAAUUCAUCCCAACUUCCUCAAUCGCGCACGCUUAUUGGCUGCAGAGGAGGAGGGAGCCCUUACCUCCGGACUCCCGCACGCUCACCCGGAGUCGUCCUACCAUGGUCAACCAACCUCUGCACCGCAGCAGCCUCCAGCAAGCCGUAAUGCCGGUUCCAGCCAGGUGCCUCUUGCGCCUGCGCCACCAGACUUCAAACGACAAAGCACCCCGGCGAGUUCUCGUGGAGUGGAUUCGGACCACAAGUCCAAAGCUUCACCAGCUUAUCAUCGUGGCAUGAUGAUGGAAAGUACCGAGGAAAUCGAUUACAGCGCGGACUCGGCCCGGGAUCUGAAACCGCCAUACAGCUAUGCAACUAUGAUUGGACAGGCCAUCUUGGCAAGUGAGGAGGAAAAGUUGACGUUGAAUAGCAUAUAUCAAUGGAUCAUGGAAAAGUACGCCUUUUACCGGUAUUCGCAGUCGGGCUGGCAGAAUUCAAUUCGUCACAAUCUCUCUCUCAAUAAGUCAUUCCAAAAGAUUCCACGACGUACGGACGAACCCGGAAAGGGCAUGAAAUGGCAGAUUGUGCCGGAGCACCGUGAGGAGUUUACCAAACGGGGCCAACGUGCUUCUGGCAAGGGAGGGAACCGCGGCUCCUCGGCGCCAAACUCGCCCGCUGCGAAAGAGACGGCCAGCUUCACCCCAGCAAACGCCAGCACCGCCGAUCAUGGAAGAAGCUUGGACGAGCCUCGGGAACCGGCGGCCGGUCCUAGCGGCCGGGUCAAGUAUUCGCCUCGUUCGACCACGCCUCCUUUGAGUUCUUAUCCCGUGGCCCCAAAAGAAGCUUAUACGCCUGAUCGGGGGUCUCGCCUACCGGCUAUUCGACGUCAGGACAAUGGGCCUCGCGGUGGCUUUGACGACAGUCCUGUUCCAGUCUCAAGAGAGAAGACUAAUCCAAUGGUUCACCCGUAUGGUCUUUCCGACGCAGCGGCUGGUUCACCGCCGACGCUUUCUUCAUCAGCUUACAUGGACGAGAGUCAGCCAAUGAUUACCCCUGCGCCGCGGCGGCAACAUCCACGCCUUGCGCCCCCAUCGACAGCCCAGGUGCCGUCCACGUAUAUGCCGACCAGCUCCCCGGCACCGUUUUGGAAGUAUGUCGACCUCGGUAGCACUCCUGCCAAACCCAUGCCAGAUCUGAGUCCGACCAAGAGCGUAGGUCCCACGGUUCCGCAGAGCAGUAGUCCGCCCCCAGCAAUCGACCGCGACGAUGUAGCGAGCCCGUCAAAUGUCGGCAGACGCUUUUCAAUCGACCGAUCCGCCGCUGCAGACAAGGAUAAGAGGAGCGAAAAUGGUGCUGCCGCCGCCGCCAGUGGCAGUCAGCGCGAGGGGCCAGAAAACGAGCCUGAAGAAGAGAUGCAGGGGUUUGAUCUGGCGAGAGGCUUCCAACCAAUCGGUUCCUUUCAUAAGAACAUGACCAAUGGCGUCGGAGGAGCUUGAAUGUUGCAUAGGGGCCCACUUGUUUUUAAAAAGUUCUCCAAAUUAGCCCGCCUCCGCCUCAAGAGACGAACGCAGGAACGGGAAAAGAAUGACUUGUACAACUAAUCAUUGAUCUACACAUGGUUGUUAUGCGCAUUAAUGCUGUUACUCUUUGUCCGUCACGGGAAAUGUGUCACAUUUUUUUUUGUUUCUCUUUUUAUCUAAUUUUUAUAUCUUUUGUCGUUUUUUAUCUUAUAUCUCAUGUCGUC